ACGGUCUCCAGAGCAGAUGGACGCUUAGCAAUUUGUCAGACCGUGCGAGGCCUGGGCCGCUUGUUCCCAACUCAUAAGGCCUUGCUGCCGGUAGACCUGAUGUUUCAUGGAACAAUCACGAAAGAGCUAACCAGUCAUGAAGAAUGGACUCACUAUAAUGAAAACGUGAUAGAAGAUCAGACAGAUUUUGUUUUUGUGAAGUUCAGUGGCCUUCAUUUAAAAUCUAUGGAAAAUUUGCAAUCUUGUAUCUCUCUUAGAGUAUGCAUCUUCUCAAACAAUUUUAUUAAAGAUAUUCAUCCACUUCAAAGUUGCAUAAAAUUAGUCAAACUAGAUCUCCAUGGAAAUCAGAUAAAGAGUCUACCAGAUUCCAAAUUUUGGAGUGCAUUGAAGAAACUAAAACUUCUAUAUCUUCAUGACAAUGGAUUUGCAAAGUUAAAGAAUGUGUGUAUGUUAUCUGCUUGUCCAAGCCUCAUUGCCCUCACUAUGUUUGAUUGCCCAGUAAGCCUCAAAAAAGGAUAUAGACAUGUUCUUGUCAAUAGUAUAUGGCCUCUCAAAGCUCUGGAUCAUCAUGUGAUUUCUGAUGAAGAAAUAAUUCAGAACUGGCAUCUUCCUGAAAGAUUCAAAACAUGUAACCACCGACUUUUCUUUAAUUUCUGUCCUGCUUUGAAAAAGGGAUCAACCUAUGAGGAUGAAAUUCAUAAUAUCAAAUGUAUUAUUUCAAAAAUUAAUGCAAUUCUGGCUCAUAAUUCACCAGUUUUGAUUGUUCAAAGAUGGAUACGUGGUUUCUUAGUUAGAAAAAAUUUGAGUCCUCUCAUAUUUCUGUGCAAAAAACAUCAGGAAAAGUUUAUGAAUGAAUAUGAAACAAAAUGGAUUUACAUACACAAAGGAUAUGAAGAUAACCUAUCUAAGGAUCUCUUUUUUCAGACAGAAACUAAUGUAACAGGAAAGCUUGCACGCUGGAAACAUAAUAUAAAUACUCCUGUUGAUCUAAAAAUUUCUGGAGAACAGAGAAGACAUGUUUCCUCUAUUUUAUAUGAAUUAAAAACAAAAGAUACUGGCAUAAAAUCAAAAAANUGCUAUGGCAAAGUGUUAGAAUUUUAUCAUGAAGGCAUAUGCAUCUGUAAGCCAUUGAACUUUAACAGCAAAGUUUUAAGAGAUCGUUCUGCCUUGGUCACUGUGUGGGCAAUGAAUUUACAACAACUUUGGCAGGACAGAUUCAAUUAUCUUGAAAAAGCUAGAAAGAGGAAAGCUCUGUUUCUUGAAGAAAAAAAACAAAGGGCUGAAGACCGCUUAUUAAUUCAAAACUUAAAUAAUGAGCGCACUCUUUUAGCCAAAGAAAUGAUUAAAAUUGACAGACUGAAGAAGAAUCAGGCUGCCUUAAAAGAGAAAAGUCUGAUUGUUCGGCAAAAACUAGAAACAGAAAAACAUCAAAAGGACUUAGUUAAACAAAUGAAGGAAAUUAGGGCUCAAGAAGCAUGUAAAAGACACUGUGAAGAAAAAUUUGUUAUUGAUAUGAUUGCCUUUCAAAAAGCUUGUGAAAGAUUUCAAGAUUCUAAAAGAAAAGUUGCAACUAUAAAAGGAAAUUUAGUCUUUCAAGUUCCCAGUGGAAUCACAAAAUGAACCAAUGCCAGAUCACAUUCUAUGGUCAUUUUGAAUUAUAGCCAUUAUUUUAGUUAAAGGACUGAAAUAAUAAUA